AUGAAUGAUCUCAACAUCUACAAUAUCCUGAACUAUGAGAAUUAUGAUCAACUCGUCCAACUAUUCACUGAAAAUGGAGCCUGUUAAUUCUACUCCUCAAUUUACUUGCACUCCCUCGACAUCACACUCAACAAAGAAGAGCCAAUCAAAUAUCUAAACAAAAAGAAUCAAAAUUAAUUUGGGAUUAUCAAAGAAAUAGUGUGUUUGAAUCUAAAAAACAAGAACUAAUUGCCAUUAAUAAAGAUUUCGGUUCUCUAGACUUCAUAAUUUGUUUCAUAAUAUGUAAGCACAAAAAUAGCUGAUUGGUUGGAAUCCAGAGAACUCUUCUCAUGUUAAGAUACAAAAUGGAUUUGUUGGAGUGGUACAAAAUAAACCUUUUUAAUUUUAGAAAUCUAAGGCAAAAUCCUCUUAGUUAAGCAUGAAGAAAUAGAAGACCAUGUUAAAAGUGAUAAGGAGGCAUAUUUUAUGAGGGCCUCAUUUAACCAUUAUACUAAAUAGUUUAACCCUCCUUAUGAUUAAUGGAAAAGAUCGUUUUGUAUAUGUGGAAAUCCUGACAAUAAUGAAAAAGGAUUUGUUAAGUGUGAUAUUUGUAAAGUCUGGUAUCAUACAGAUUGCGAAGGAAUAACUUUACAAUAAUUUGAUAGACUAAAUAAAAACACAAGAUUACCCUAUUCCUGUAAUAAAUGCAAAAUAGUCAAAAAGAAGAAAAGAUGA